AUGACGCAACAACAACAACAACAGCCACCGAAUGAGGCCAUUCCGGCCAGCGAGCCCGUGGAGGAUGAUGUGAAAGAGCCCUUUCAGCUACCAGUUUCUGCUUCGGAUACCAGUGACGAUGUAGAGGCGCAGCAGAGCGAUACACCGGGCACUACGACUUCCGGAGAAAAGCCCGGAGACAAUCCAACUGCAGGUCAUACUUCGGAGAAAUCCAGUGUCAUUGUCCAGGACCACCAACCAGCAUCGACACCUGAAGGCCCUCCAGAUGGCGGACUCGCAGCCUGGAUGACGGUUUUCGGUGGAUUCUGUAGCAUGUUCGUGAGUUUUGGCUGGAAUAACUGCAUGGGGAUAUUCAUCGACUACUACCAGACUCAUCAACUGAGCGACAUGUCCACUAGCUCCAUAACAUGGAUCACAUCGCUAAUGACAUUCAUGAUGUUCUUCGGGGGCCCCUUCAUCGGCAUCCUCUUCGACAACUACGGUCCCCGCUACAUCAUCCUUGUCGGCACCAUCCUCCACGUCCUCGGCAUAAUGAUGACCUCCAUCUCCACCGAAUACUACCAAAUCCUCCUGGCCCAAGGAAUCUGCAGUCCCAUCGGCAACAGCGCCCUCUUCCACUCCGGCGUCAACUCCAUCAGCACCUGGUUCGGCCGUCGUCGCGCCCUCGCCCUGGGCAUCGCCACCAGUGGCGCCAGUCUCGGCGGCGUCAUCAUCCCCAUCAUGCUCACUCGCCUCUUCGACCUCCUCAGCUUCGGCUGGGCCAUGCGCAUCUGCGGCUUCCUGAUCCUCUUCCUCCUCAUCAUCACGAACCUCACCACCACCUCCCGUCUCGUCCACACCAGGAAACAAUACCAUAUCCGCGACUUCAUCCGUCCCCUCCGCGAACUCCCCUUCAUCCUCACCACCGCCGGAACUUUCUGCUUCUUCUGGGGCAUGUUCCUCCCCUUCUCGUUCAUCCCCUCCCAGGCUCAACGCCAUGGCAUGUCCCCUACCUUGGCUUCGUAUUUGAUUCCGGUCCUUAAUGCAGCUAGCUUUCCAGGCCGCAUCAUCCCGCCCUACCUGGCGGACGUCUUCGGACGCUUCAAUCUCAUGAUCCUAAUGACACUAGCAUCCGGGAUCCUCGUUCUGGCACUCUGGCUUCCCUCCACCGGCAACGCCCCUGCCAUUGUCUUCAGCGCCCUGUAUGGCUUCACCUCCGGCACGGUGGUGAGUCUUGCCCCCGCGCUGGUGGCCCAGAUCUCCGAGAUCAGGGAGAUUGGUGUGCGCAGCGGGACGUAUUUCUGCAUUGUGUCGUUUGCGGCGCUCACGGGCACGCCGAUUGCGGGCGCUUUGUUGCCGGAUCCCCUGGGAGGGAGUUAUACCAAGUUGUUUGUGUUUUGUGCGGUGGUUAUGCUUGCCGGGACAGGGUUUUAUUGUGCUGCGAAGGGGAGGAUUGUUGGGUGGAGGGGGUGGUGGGGGAAGAGGGUUUGA